AUGACCCAUAAUGAAGCAACGACGACGGCGACGGAUACAACGAACACGACACCCCUCUACAGCAGCCCAGGAGCCGCAGCAGCGCCAGCAGCACGAGGACGAGCGGAUGACCCGAAGAAGAAGGACGGGCGAUGCGUGCCGGAUGUUGACAUCUAUCUCGUGCACCUGCGCAAGGCUGGCGGGCGCACAAUCCGCUGCACCUUCUCGGCGCAGUGCAACGCUCCAUCGUUCCUGAAAGGGUUCAAACCGACCCUGCCCAACACUCUGGCGCGCGUCAGCCACGGCCAUUCGUGGGAGAACGACGUGCGUGAGGCGUACUUGGCCGCCAAGCAGGAGAACCCACCGCACAGCGUGACGGUGAUGGCAACCGUGCUGCGCGAGCCCAUGCAGCGCCUCCUCUCCGCAUUCACCACGAGCCUGGGUCGCGAAGAAGCAAGACGCAACGACCGCACCCUUCCCGGGUGUGCGUGGGUCGGCCACACGCACAUCUGCGGCGACGCCGUCGACGCCAUGUACCACGGGACAAUGACGCUGGCCGAGUUUGCCCAAUCCAACGACACCGCGCCCGCCAUGAACUACAUGGUGCAGCACCUGGGGAGCGAGUCCAUGAACCUGGAGAAGCAGCCCAAGGCAACGCAGCAGGCCAUGCUGCGGCGAAGCCUGGGCGUGCUGGACCGCAUGGAUGCGGUGCUACUGGUGGAGCGCUUCAACGAGAGUCUGGCGCUGCUGUCGUGCGUGGUUGAGGAGCAGGGUGGGCCUGCGCUGCAACGCGCCACCCUGUGCUCCAACUGGAACCCGCACCCGCGCCCACGCGACAUCACGCCAGAGGUGGAGGCCAUGCUGCGGCACCGCAACUCCCUCGACCACGCCGUGUACCAGCACGCGGCGCUGGCGUUUGCCGCCAACGUAAACAAGUUCCAGGGAAGGCCGUGCUUCGAGCGUGUCAUGCGGUCCCUGGCGUCGUGCGACACACCCACGUGGUAUGGGCACAAGCGAGACCCUUCCCUCGGCAGCUACAACAUUUCCGAGGCCAUGCACAUGCUUCAUGGCCACACUAGCGAAUCCUUGCUCCGUGUUGCGUCAUGUCCAAUAUCUUAA